AUGCGCCGCGGCUGUCACGACUCAGACGCUGCUGCUGCGGGAAACAUGGCGAUGAAGGCGCUCAGAGGGAUGGUGAACGGGGCCAUGAGCGAGCUGUCCUCGGCCGUCAGCGGGAACAGGCCGCCGGCCGCCGCUCCGACCUCCGCCGCCGCCGCCUCCCGGGAGCACGUGAUGGCCGUGAAACGGGAUUACAUCUCCCAGCCGCGCCUCACCUAUAAAACUGUGUCUGGAGUCAACGGGCCGCUGGUGAUUCUGGACCAGGUGAAGUUCCCGCGGUACGCAGAGAUCGUCCAUCUCACGCUGCCAGAUGGAACCAAGAGGAGCGGGCAGGUGCUGGAGGUCACCGGCUCCAAAGCUGUGGUGCAGGUGUUUGAGGGGACCGCGGGCAUCGAUGCCAAGAAGACCAGCUGUGAGUUCACAGGAGACAUCUUACGGACGCCGGUCUCAGAGGACAUGCUGGGCCGCGUGUUCAAUGGAUCGGGUAAACCCAUCGACAGAGGACCCGCGGUCCUGGCCGAGGACUUCUUGGACAUCAUGGGACAGCCGAUAAACCCUCAGUGCCGUAUUUACCCCGAGGAGAUGAUCCAGACCGGCAUAUCUGCCAUCGAUGGCAUGAACAGCAUCGCCAGAGGGCAGAAGAUACCCAUCUUCUCUGCUGCAGGGCUGCCGCACAACGAGAUCGCGGCUCAGAUCUGUCGGCAGGCCGGUUUGGUGAAGAAGUCCAAGGACGUGAUGGACUACAGCGAGGACAACUUCGCCAUCGUAUUUGCAGCCAUGGGGGUCAACAUGGAGACAGCCAGGUUCUUUAAGUCGGACUUUGAGGAGAACGGCUCCAUGGACAACGUCUGUUUGUUCCUCAACCUGGCCAACGACCCAACGAUCGAGCGAAUCAUCACGCCUCGUUUGGCUCUGACUGCGGCCGAGUACCUGGCCUAUCAGUGUGAGAAGCACGUGCUCGUCAUCCUCACCGAUAUGAGCUCCUACGCAGAGGCUCUCCGAGAGGUGUCUGCAGCCAGAGAGGAGGUGCCGGGCCGCCGAGGUUUCCCCGGCUACAUGUACACCGAUCUGGCCACCAUCUACGAGAGAGCCGGCAGAGUGGAAGGACGGAGCGGCUCCAUCACCCAGAUCCCCAUCCUCACCAUGCCCAAUGACGACAUCACUCAUCCCAUCCCUGACCUGACUGGUUACAUCACCGAGGGACAGAUCUACGUGGACAGACAGCUCCACAACAGACAGAUCUAUCCUCCCAUCAACGUGCUGCCGUCUCUCUCCCGUCUCAUGAAGUCUGCCAUCGGGGAGGGGAUGACCCGCAGAGACCACUCUGACGUCUCCAACCAGCUCUAUGCGUGCUAUGCUAUAGGGAAGGACGUCCAGGCCAUGAAGGCGGUGGUGGGAGAGGAGGCUCUGACGGCUGAUGACCUGCUGUACCUGGAGUUCCUCACCAAGUUUGAGAAAAACUUCAUCUCCCAAGGUGCCUACGAGAACCGGAGCGUGUUUGAGACUCUGGACAUCGGCUGGCAGCUCAUGAGGAUCUUCCCCAAAGAGAUGCUGAAGAGGAUCCCUCAGAGCACCUUGGCCGAGUUUUACCCCCGAGAGGCCAAACACUAACCCCCCCGCGCACACACACACACACACACACACACACACACACACACACAUACACACACACACACGCACACACACACACACACAGCUUCCAUUCUCAGUGGGAUCUCUGCGUUCAUACAGUGUAGUGUUGUGAUGCUGUGACGUCCUCACACUUGUGACUUUGUGGCCUUGACUUCAAAGCUUCCUGCUUCGACUCAGAGAGACUCGAGUUUGUGUCUGUGCUCAGAGUGAGAGGGAGGAACCUGUCCACGUAUUCAGUGUGUGAGUCUUCAUGAGGAUGAUGAUGAGGACGAUGCUUUCUUUAAACCCUGCUCAGAGCUUUCAGUUUAAUGUCAGAGGCUACUGUAUGAUCAGGUCAGCGUUUGUGGAGGUGAUGCUCCUGCAGAAGGACCUGCACAGAGCCCGCGUGCUCAUUAGGCCUCCAUAGGGGCUUCAUGACCACACUUCCUGUCCCGUUCUGUCCCGAGCUUCACAUUUCCACCCGUCAGGCCGGCCGCAGGCCGAGGGAUGAUGACACGUGUGAGGGUGCUGUGAGGUUCUCGUGGUUCCUUUAGAUUCUUGGUGUUUGCUGCUCUUUCCUUCUCGUGGCAGAAGCUCAGAGUGAUGAUGAGUCUGUGUGCUCUGUGUACAUGUUUGCUUCAGCCUUAAAUAUCUCUGAAUUGUGUCUUUGUGUUGCAACAGUGUGCGCUGGAUGUACAAACUGCAUGAUCGCUGAAUGUUUCCUGUUGGUGCCUCUACUGUUGUAUGAAAUAAAAGCCGCUGUGUCAUCA